CUCACUUGGCUGUAAUGUUGUCUAAUCAGACGGGAGAACCAGAGGUGAACAAGCGUGCUGUUGUUACCAUGGGAGACCAUUUAGUUCUCAAAGGCUUCACAGAGGCUGGACACUGCUGCUACCUGACAGCUGGCAUCCCUCUCGGCCAGUUCUACAAUAAGUCAGACCGUCUGGUUUUGUUGGGCAGCAAUCACAACCAAACGUUUAAGAGGUUUGCCAGCAGUGCCAACAUCCAACGCACGGAGAUUCUGGAAUACUGCCAAGGUUUGGGAAAACCCAGCUAUUUUGUUCCUUCUUUCCAGGUGUAUAAAUUUCUAUAUGCCACUCGGCUGCUGGAUUAUGGCUUGACAUCCCUAGCCCUUCAUUACUGCGAAUGCAUUGCCUAUGCCCUCCCUCUCCUCCGG